AUGAGUUUCCAAAACUACGAACCCUUCCAGGGCCAACCCGGUGGCGAACAGGCCGGCGCGCCCGCAGGUGCAGGUGCUCCGGCGCAGCAGGGCGAUCUUGGACAGUCCCUCGACAAUGGUGCUGGCGGCUUCCCGUCUGGUAACAUCGGACCCCCAGGAAGCGCUGGCAUUGAACAACAGCAAGGUGGCGAGGGAAAGACUACUCUCUGGAUGGGCGAAUUGGAGCCUUGGAUCGAUGAGAACUUCGUCCGCAGCAUUUGGUUCAACAUGGGCGAACAAGUCAAUGUCAAGAUGAUUCGCGACAAGUUCUCUGGCAGCAAUGCCGGAUACUGCUUCGUCGAUUUCUCAACCCCAGCCGCAGCCGCCAAGGCUCUCAACCUCAAUGGAACGCUCAUUCCCAACUCAAAUCGCCCCUUCAAGCUCAACUGGGCAUCGGGAGGCGGCCUCGCUGAUCGCAGCCGCGAUGACCGUGGGCCCGAGUACUCCAUCUUCGUCGGAGACCUUGGCCCCGAGGUCAACGAGUUUGUCCUUGUUCAACUGUUCCAGAACAAGUACAGCUCUUGCAAGUCUGCCAAGAUCAUGACCGACCCCAUCAGCGGCAUCUCCCGCGGUUACGGCUUCGUACGCUUCGCCGACGAGGAGCAGCAGCAGAGUGCACUCCGCGAGAUGCAAGGUGUGUACUGUGGUAACAGGCCCAUGCGCAUCUCCACUGCUACUCCCAAGAACAAGAGCGGCGGACCUGGUGGACCUGCUAUGGGGGGCAUGCAACCUGGCGGCCAAGGCCCAAUGGGAAUGUACUCCAUGGGCGCUCCCCCUAUGGGCUUCUACGGUGCACCGCAACCCAUGAACCAAUUCACCGACCCGAACAACACCACCGUCUUCGUCGGUGGGCUCUCCGGUUACGUCACCGAAGACGAGCUCCGCUCUUUCUUCCAGGGCUUCGGCGAGAUCACUUAUGUCAAGAUUCCCCCGGGCAAGGGAUGCGGUUUCGUCCAGUUCGUGCAGCGCCAUGCUGCCGAGAUGGCGAUCAACCAGAUGCAGGGCUACCCCAUCGGCAACUCUCGCGUUCGUCUUUCCUGGGGCCGCAGCCAGAAUAACUCUGGACCCGCUGGCACCCCUUACCGACCCACCCCACCACCACCCAUCUACCCUCAGAUGGGCAUGCCGCCGUCUCACCCUUACGGCAAUUUCGCUCCCAUGAAGGUGGGUGACAACCCAGGACAGCCCGAUGGCCCUUACUAA